CGUUUUGCUACAAGCCUCAGUAUGGCACUGACUCUCAGUCCCUCACAUGAUGUGAGGGUAGAAACCAGGGAGCAAUUGCGUUCUCAACUGGCAAGGAGCCAACAAAAAUCAAAAGAACUGAAGGAGAAACUUCUUAGAUCUGAGGCUAUGUCCUACCUCCUGGCAAACCACCUAUGGGAACACAACUGUGAAGAGUAUGAAGAUCUAAUUGAAUCAUUGCUGAGGAAGAAGCCUCAGUUCCCGGAGGGGCAGCUGGCAGCGGAGCUGAGACCUGUGAAGCAUCACAAGAAACGUGGCAUUCAAAUUCAAGAGAAGGCCCAAGAGCUGACCCAAUUGCGGCAGAAGUUACAGAAAGGGAGAGCUCUUUCUCAGCUCACCCAUCAAAAUCUCCAGUCUCUCCUAACCCAGCAGGACCCUGACAGCUGCCAGAGGCAGCAACUACUCGCUGAGCUACUCAAGCUGACAGAGCACCUUGUUGGCAAACUCAGCACAGUCGACCAGAAACCUGGGAACCAGGAGGAACCUUACUUGGACUCUCCCCAUACCCGCGGGCCCGAACUCGAGCUGCCCCAGCUGGGGCAGUUUCCUGUCCCACGUGAAGCCAAUGCGGUUCCCUGUUGGCCGUGUCCUCUGGCCGGGCCCUCGGCUGUAACUUACCUCCAGGACUGUGCCGGCUCAUGGGGCCUCCAGCGCGAGGAACGCCCUAUCUUCUGUGCCAUCGCCAUGUGUGGUGAGUCCUCCCAGGACCAGGUGCCGCCCUUGACCAGCGGGGCUGUUCCUGGGUCAGGGCCAGGCUUUCUUCCCCGAGCACAGCGGGGGAGUGUGACGGCCCAUAGGGCCCAGGUGUUGUGGGAGACCUCCCGGGCAGAGGGUGUGAGGCACAUCCAUGGUCACUGA